AUGGGUGACGAGUACGUGGCCGACACACUGUCGGAGUUUACCGAGUACUGGAUCGACUUGUUCUUGGGGAUCAAGGGGAACGAGUACUUCUGCGACAUUGACGAUGAGUACAUCAGAGAUCGAUUUAACCUCACCGGUCUCAACCAAGAAGUGCUGAAGUUGCUGGUGCUUAUUGACAUCAUCACCGAUAUCAACGACAUAGAAAACCACCCGGUCGAGGCCCGGGAACAGUUGGAACAGAACGCUCGCAUGUUGUACGGGCUCAUCCACGCCCGUUACAUCUUGACGCUGAGGGGGCUCAACAAAAUGUUCGAAAAAUACCGACAGGGAGACUUUGGCUACUGCCCCCGGGUACACUGCCAGUUGCACCCGUUAUUGCCUAUUGGGCUCAACGACCAGCCCAAGGUGGCUCCGGUCAAGUUAUACUGCGCCAAGUGCGAGGACUUAUUCAACCCCAAGCUGGGACGCCACGCCGUGGUUGACGGCGCCUAUUUCGGCACGUCGUUCCCGGCAAUGUUUUUCCAAAAUUUCCCUCAGGCCAUCCCCAUCCACCUGAAGCAGAUGUACGUGCCCCGAGUGUUUGGAUUCAAGCUCCACGAGUAUCUGAAGUUGAACCGCUGGCGGGAGUUACAGCGGCAAAAGUUGGAGAAGCGGUUGCAGGAUAAUGGUAUUGAAGUCAACAACGUCAACGGUGGUUUCAUUUGCGACCGCAAGUGA